CUCAGUUUCGGUCGCCUUCCUUAUCCCUUCCUGUCAUGUGUAGUUCCAAACAGCGACGAAGAGGAGAGACGCGGGGAGAAAAGGAGGAAGAAGAUGGCCACCUAUUUCACCCUCAACACCGGGGCACGCAUCCCCUCGGUAGGCCUCGGCACCUACAAGUCCGGCCCCGGCGUCGUCGCUGGCGCGGUCACCGCCGCCGUCAAGGCCGGGUACCGGCACAUCGACUGCGCACCACUAUACAAGAACGAGAAGGAGAUUGGCGCUGCCUUGAACAAGCUCUUUGAUAACGGCGUCGUCAAACGGCAAGACCUUUUCAUCACUUCAAAGAUAUGGUGCAGCGAUCUCGCGCCCGAAGACGUUCCGUCGGCAAUCGACCGCACUCUCAAUGAUCUGCAGCUGGAUUAUCUUGACCUGCACCUGAUUCAUUGGCCCUUCCAGAUAAAGAAAGGCAGCGAGCUGAGCCCGGAAAACUUUGUCGAGCUCGAUAUGCCCGAGACCUGGCGGGCAAUGGAGAAGCUGUACGAUUCAGGCAAGGCCCGCGCAAUAGGCGUGAGCAAUUUUUCGACCAAGAAGCUGGCCGAUCUGCUUGCCGUGGCCCGUGUUCCUCCGGCUGUUGAUCAGGUGGAGUGCCACCCUGGUUGGCAGCAGGCCAAGCUCAGAGCCUUCUGCCACACCAAUGGAGUUCAUUUCUCUGCGUAUGCGCCGCUAGGUAGGAUGAAAGUCGUCGCGGAUAACCCGGUGGUGACAUCGAUAGCCGAGAGUUUGGGAAGAACCCCGGCACAGAUCGCUCUGCGAUGGGGUAUCCAGCAGGGUCAGAGCGUGCUUCCUAAAAGUACCAAUGAGUCGAGGUUGAAGGAGAACAUUGACCUGUUUGGCUGGUCCAUUCCUGAAGAACUGUGUGACAAGUUUUCUGAAAUUGAACAGGUUAAGCGAGUCAGGAACGAAUCAUUGGUGCACUCUCAGAGCAUUUACAAAACAAUGGACGAGCUCUGGGAUGGUGAAAUAUAACUGAAAAUCAGCGCCCGCAUGAAAUGCAAUCUGCAACUAGACUUGAAAUUUAUGAAAUUUACGCCGCUUUGUUUUAUAAGAGGGAAACAAUGCAUCAUGCCAGAAAACGCAGCGACCUCUUGGUGUGCAUUUUUGUUGCAUUUUUGGCAGACGACGUCGGCAUUGUUGCAUGGUAUUGGUAUGCAUGCAUGAAUAUCUAGAGAGGAGCCCAGGAAUGAAAGCAUAGAACGAGCAAAUUUACAGCAGUACUCUCCUUUAUUUUCAUCUUUUGUUGUAUGUUCAGAAUAUAUAGCAAUGCCAAUGCGUACAUGGAGAAAAAGCUCCGGAAGAGUUUGGAGAUUACAAGACAGAAGAUGUUUGCCAUGCAAGAUUUGAAGCUAACUUCAUGGCGAAGGAGUAAAAACAUAGUUUUUAAACCGGAUCGGUGAUCGAACCGGUGAUACCGUCGGUUCAGGUUUUUUCCGGUCGGACCGCUGGUUCAGUGGUUCAUUUACUGUUUUUUUUAAGCCAUAAGAUAUGUAAAAAUAGGUCAAAUACACUAAAUUUCUAUCAUUUGAGAGCUA